AUGCUAGAGGGCGCGCUCAAGUCGUGGAUCAUGCAGUUUCUAGGCCAGUAUGUCGAGAGCCAGACGGUGAACGUGUCGAUGAAACUCUGGCAGUCGUCGGAGCGCCUCAAGCUCGAGAACGUGACGCUCAAGGCCAGCGUCGUGCCAACUUGGCUGCCGUUUCGGCUCAAGACGGGGUUUGUGGGCUUAUUUGAGGCUGAUCUGCCACUUUCUGCUAUUUUUGGGAGUGGGUCGGCCAAAAUCAAGUUUCAGGACGUGUUGCUGGUCCUUGAACCUCUGAAACACGAUGAAGCAGAGUUGCAAGACGAGCUUUUGUUCCUAGUCGAGCAGAAGAUGCACCGACUGGAGCAAGACCUGCAAGAUCGAUGGAUCGGACCUCAAGUACCAGAGUAUACAGUGCCUCACGAGAGUGAAGGCUACUUUGGUACUGACGGGUGGAUUGGACGCACAAUGACGAAACUCAUUGACAAUUUGCAGGUCGAGAUUCGAAACUUGCACGUUCGAGUGGAAGGAACUUGGUCUCCAUCUCGAUCGACAAGGAAAUACCCACCCGCAUCUGAAUCGGAUUCCAACGACCGGGAUGUCGUUCGGUACGCAGUAGGGCUUACACUGGGAGCACUUUCGGCUGUCACGACGUCCAGCAGUUGGAGGAUCGGCGAGUUCGACGAUGACAAGAACGAGAAAGCACAGGAGAACAAUCAUUUGGUAUUUAAGCUGAUUAACGCUGUCGACCUGUCGGCGUAUGUAGACCCGAAUGCAUUGCACUUUAUCCACACGAGAGUACAUCCAAAGGUGUUGCAGUUGACACUAUCGAGGCUGAAAGAGAUGGGGUCGAGAACGGCAAAAGCAGAUUGGUGGAAUGCAAAAGAAAGCGUGCAUGCGCACAGGUUUUUGGUGGCACCGAUCAACGUGGCGCUCAAGCUGACGAUGAAUACUGCAGCGCAACAUACACAGACUGACGAUUCGCGGUACGACGCAGUGUUUCACCUGUCGAGAAUAUGGGUAACACUAGAUGAAGAGCAGCUGUCGGUGCUAAACCUCAUUGCCGACUUGUUCUCUGGACACGAGAAAUGGCGGCUGAUGGUAUCGGAUCAAGUCAAGGCAUCGGAGCACCAUACAGCAAGUUGUGAGGCUACGAUGACGGAGCUUGCGGAAAAUUAUUUACAGCUUUGGAACCAGGUGAUGGCCAUGAAAACGGAAGGAAUGGAUGUAUUGAAAAAGAGCGAUGUAUGGAAUGAGGCGACGAGAAUCGAGCAGCGACUGCCAUAUGAAGUGGUCGUAGCAAUCCGCAACCGUCUAGGACUAGAAUGCGUUGCAGGAAAGACAGUUCCGUGCUCUAGUUUUCUCUACGGAAUACGCAAUGCAAUGGGUAUCCCGCUUCCUGAAAUCAGUGUACUGUUUCAUGAAGGUCCGACAGGGUUACUGUUUGAUCUACUGUCAUCUGGUGAUGUGGCGAUCAAGCGCUGUGUCGACAAAAGUCCUGCUGCGGCAAUCGAAAGUGUGAGACCGGGGCUGUUGCUAGUAAAAGUGAACGACGAGCCUCUACGGUCGGUAGUCCGAUACAAAUCCGGGCUCGAUGUAGAGCUGGCUAUUGAUGCGAUGCCAGGAACGAAGGUGCUGACUUUUCGACACCCUUCUGUGAUGCCCUUGGAGGUCACUCCGUCUCGCGCAGUUGCCCAGGUUUCGUUCGUUUCGGACAAGCUUACGUUUUUCCUCGUACGAGCUGCCCAGAAACGGGUGAUCGUGGAAGUAAUGCUGGAUAGUCCUGCAGUCUCCGUCGUUGGUUUCGGACCCAGCUUAUUCUCGUAUCAUUUUUACGAAGUUUUGGUCAAAGGUUUUUACGUACAAAGUAUGGCGCGAGAGGAGAACGAAGGCAAUCACUGUAUUGCUUCAAGCCUUUGCGAUGUUGCGGAGAUUGCUGACGACGUGCCAAUCCCAGCCCUUCGAUGUAGUAUAAAUCAUCUUCAUGAGGCACAUCCAGACGCCCGGGCUGGGAAUAUUGAGACGUAUGGAUUGAAGAUCUCGGCAGCAAUUGGUAAUUCGAUUGCGGUUUUCGACGAGACAAAGAUGACGAGACUAGUCUCUGAAUGGCGCGACUGGCUUGAUGCAAUCUCGGACGAUUGCUCCACUGGCAUGCCUCCAUCCAGUGGUUCUCGGGUAGGAGUUGACUUGAGUGCGAUGCCGCCUUCAUCGCGUUUUGAACCGACGUCAUCGUACGCAACGACUAGCUCCUCGAAUGCUGCUCUCGGUGAUUCGCCCUUAGUAGAUAGCAGUUGUACGUACGAAGUGAAAGUUGAGCUAUUGCGCCUGUUCAUCAGUGCUCACAAAGCGCCAGUUGCGCCCGUCGGACUCUCGAACGAGCCUUCUUACCGAGCUUUGCUAAAGCAGCUUGUCGGCGAUGAACCGAGUGGACCCCCUGUGAUUCCAGAUUGGGCUAGAGCAGCGCAAGCAAUUGUAGUGAUGCAACGUUUUAUCCGAGGUUCCAUCGUUCGCAGGCGGAAAAUGGUUCGCCUGGCGCUUGCUAGGAAUCGCUGGAUAUUCUACCAAGACAACGAAAAAAUGGGCUGGUUAUAUACUAGAGACGAUUCUCUCGCAUUCCGGCGAUGGCGUCGCUCGUGGUGUCACUUGGACGACGAUGGCGCUUUUUCGAUGCAUACCAAUGGUUCGGGUGCCGAUGUUCUUGAUAAGUUCAGCGUGCUGGGCUGCAAAGUGACCAUGCUGGUCGACGCAUCUGGAGGACCGUGGGGCUCACGGCGUGGCAAACUGUCUGAGGCUCUUGAAAUAACGACCCGAUCUGGUUUUGUUCGAAAGGUGCUGGGCGCUGACAGUUUGGCGGAGCUGAAGAAAUGGAAGCAUUGUAUUGAAACAGGUGCUAGGAAUGCGUCAAAACAAGCAAUGGAUGUGGAGGCGGAGAGGGAGGGGGGCGAAGAAGAAGGAGAAGCCUUGCGUGAGUCAUCAGCAGAAGAUUUUCGCGGUGAGGGUGGUACCGCACGUCCGUCCAAGACUGAGCAAUGGAAUGGCUCCGAUUUGAACGAGCUCUUGCUUGGAGGCUUUUCAAGCGUUUACCGCGCCGCUGCCACUCUGAAGAACGAGCAGUCUUCCUGGUUUUCGUUGAGCAUUGCCAACGUAAACUUUGUUACCGAUGUGCACAACGCAUCAGACCCGGCUCGUUCCGCGUUUGUGUUUUGCCUUCGUCUGAAGAGUUUUACCGCACUGGACCAUCGUCAGUCAUCGGAUUACGGUGUAUUGCACAUUGGUGACAAGUUUCUGAACUUGAAAAAUGGCAGUUUGAUACCAGGAAAGAUGCGAGCGGAUCAGUUGGACGAUGGACCGUUUCUCAUGCUGCGCAUGUCCUAUCGAGGACCACGUGCAGGACCCGAUUGUUUCGUACUGCAAAGCGGGCUCCAUGUAGAUCUCACAAUAUCCGGUUGGAUGAUGCCACUGACUUUGGUGCAGGUCUGUUUCGAGAUCAUCGACGUAUUGGACGUGCUUUGGGCUGCCGAUACGAAUGCUUCAUGUAGCGAACCCAGUCUUACAUGUGCUCUCGAUCCGGGCAGCGCUGCGCCGUGGAAAGAAGUGCCUGAGCUUGGGAUUCAGAUUCGUGCUCCAAUUCUGGAGGCGUACCUCGAAGAUUCUCACUGCGUUGCAAAGCUGACGGUUGAGGACAGUUUCUGCUCGUACCGCGCUGACCCGGGAGUGGAAAUUUUCAAACUGCACUUUGGCCCUUCUGCGCUAUUCGUGCUCACCGAUGAUGUCGCACUUCGGCUUCUUCAGGUGGACAAAUUCCGACUCGGCUACGACCUCAGACUGCAUCAGCAAACGACGUCGAAUGUUGUCGGAUGUGCCUUAUGUGCCGACGAGUCGGCAAAGAAGCCAGUAUGCCAUCGCUCCGUCAACGUUUCGAUUGGCCAGAUUAAGCUUGAGGCGGACCGAAGGUUGGAACUGCUUUUUGCACUGUUGGAAGCGCUUACAUACAACCAUACGCCAGAUGGUACCGCGGGCGAGCAUGAGUUCGACGACCCUCAUGAAGCAAAAGCGACGCAGGAUGCUGGCCAAGACGAGUUUGGUAGGAGCGACUGUAACGUGCACUUGCUGCGCGGUGGCCAAUCUUCUCAAACGGAGGGGCUAUCGUUGAUGCACAUAAAUUAUCAAGACCAGCAUUCGCUCGAUAUGCGGCCAAAUUACGCGACUAGCUUUAGUCGCCCGAAUGCUUCUCCGUCGGGCCGCAGUCGAAUGUCGACCGCGACCUCUGUGGGGAUCAACAACGCGGUCAACGAGAUUGGCCAAGAGCGAUCGAAGCGUCGACCAAAGGUAUCUGCGUUCAUUCCAUUGUUGAACUACCAGUCACUUGUCGGCAUCUCCGGUGGGCCAUUCGACCGGCAAGGCUCUUCCAGAACUAUCUUUCGGACUCGAUUGCGAAUGGGAAGGAUCCACGACCGUAUAUCCAUCACAGUGCAUUCUGUAGUGUUUGAAGUAAUUAAGAGGAGCUUGUCCGUGGUUUCGCUGGACACGUACAUCCCAGUGAUGAAUUUCUCCGUGAGUGACAUGAAGAUGCAAUGCGUGACGCGAACCGAGUUUACGACAGAUUACGUCGUGGACGCUAGUGUUGAAGUAUCUGCGCGAUACUACAACACAUCUUUGGCAGACUGGGAGCCCUUCGUUGAACCUUGGCGAGCGUACGCAAAGGCACGAAGUUGUAGCGGUGCAGAUGGAACGACUAUGGAGCUGACCGCGCUGCAACGACUGAACGUGAACUGCACUGACUCGCUUAUUCGAUUGCUCUCUAGUAUCGCUAAAAACCGUCGCAAGCAGGACUUUAUUGUGGAAAAGCGGACACUUGCCGCUGUGGCUGCUGAUGGGGAAGCGAAAAAGGAGAAUGGACGUGUGUGUGUGCUGAACAAUCUCGGUGUCCCGAUCCGACUUGCCAAUCUGAAUACGUCGCACGCAGGAACACUUCAUGUUGACGUCAGAGAUGGAUGGUCAUUUCCAGGUUACUCGCGCUUCCACAAUGUUCGCGUGUCAGUGGUAUUGUUGCCUUGGUGGCACCCGCGAGAAGUGCAAGCUGUCGAUAGCUUCCGUCACGAGUUCACCCUCCCCUACGGUGGAGCUCAGUCGGGUGUCACCCCUAUUUUGAGGAUUGAUGUGCUUGCGAUUGACGAAGGUAAGCGCAACUACGUCUUUGACCACAUCACAAAUAAGUACGUAGAAGUUGAAGCAGAAGACGAUGACGACGAUUUCGUCGACCCGUCACCAUCGCAGGCACCGACAUCAUCAUCGUCUCGCAAGUAUAUUACUCGUGGAGACAGCACGGGUUCCUCUCAGCGAGCUAGAUGGGUUUCGAUUGGAUCGACAGAGAUUAACUUGGCUGGCAAUGUCAUGGCGUCACUUGAUCAUAAUCGAAUGAAGCUAAACCGAUGGUACCGGCUUCAUGAUCUACGGGGCAAUACGACCGGCGAGAUUUUCGUUGGCCUGCAUUUUGCACCAAACAUGGAUACUCCCGUUAUCCCCGCCAGAAUGAACGAGCCCCAGCAGGUCAAAGACGGUCAAUUUCUGAUUUUCGACCCCCUUAAGAUCGUUACCGCGAACACGGCUGAUUGCCAGAAACAGUGCAAGGACCACGUCAUGCUAUCUGACGGCUUGCGUGGUAGCUACAUCCCGCCGUUAGCGUUGGAAGUUUUGAUCGGGUCAUCGCGAAUGAGUUUGAUGUGCCCGUUACGUCGUGCUGGCAAGUUUCUCAUUCAGGGCGACCAGGUGCUGGCUGAGGUCAAGGUCGCACAGAGAGACGAAUCCCGACGAGUGUUGCUUCUUAGCUCGCCUGUGCAGUUGAGGAAUGACACCAGCAUUGACAUGGAACUGUGGACUUGUCGUACACGACUGGCCUUUGGCGAGAAUGGUUCUCUGCCAAGAACAAGCAAACUGAUGACGUUGACGACUAACAAUAAGACGUCCGUUCCAAUAAGCGCAAUGUUCGGCGAUGAGAAGGAUUCAGUUGUCGUGAAGGUCGAUGGGUGUAAGCCGACGGUCGUCGCGGACUUGAACAAGCUGACAGCAGGGUCCACAAUUCUAUCAUUGGAAGCUGAAGAUGCUGAAGGCUUGGGCUAUUGCUUGUAUGUGAAAAUUACGUCACACAUGCGCAAGGUGUACCGAGAAGAGCAUCAUGUAACGGUCGGUCGUGGAAACAUAAAUUUGGACGGAGAGUUGCCAACAUAUGCGACGAAGUAUCAGAUAUGCUUGUACUCGUGCCUUAUGUUUGAGAACACCCUUCCGAUUCGAGUCCAGUACAAGAUCGUCGCGGGUGGGCAAUCGAGAAAAGUGAUUCGGUCCGGCACACUUUCACCCGGUGAAGAAGUCCCUAUUCACGAUUUCCAGCUUGAUGCGCAACUGAUACUGCGACUGCCUGAGAUGGAUUCAAUUUGGAGUCGUCCGAUCAACUUGAGUGACUGCAUUUACCGGGAGGGGAUGGACAAGUCGAUCAAGGCUAUGCUGGGUGCCAUUGGUGCCUGGGAUCCGAUUGUAGAAUUUCUUCCGUCCCCCCAAGGUCCUGGUAUCGCGUUUAAGGACUGCGACGUCUCGUCAAAAAAGGUCGUGACUCGCAUUGACUACACAGCUGCCGAUGAUGGAAGUCCCCGUAUUGUGCUAUUCUGUUCACUGUGGGUGUACAACCAAUCACACGUGCAAACACUGUUGUUCCGUUGUGCGGACGAUCCGGAGGCGCCGAACUUGGUUGUGCCCCAGCUCGUUUCCCAGCGUCCUGUGCCACGACUAAUGGACUGUCCGGCUCAGACGUUUGAGAUCGGCACUAUCAUCGACGCCGAAAUCUCUCGAUGGUCGGACAAAAUCCACUCUACGGUGGUAGGCAUCCAAGAACCAAUUAGUAUAAAGUUCGGAAGCAAGCUAGGUCCGAGAACUCGCAACGAGCUGGGCAUAAUGAUCCAGCGACCGUUGGGCCAGUUUCAUCGCACGACUCAAGUGAUUGUCACGUCCCACUUUGUGUUUGUAAACAAGACUUCUGUAGCAUUCAAGAUCUCACAGUACACGAAAACAGCUGACCGGGCGGUGGAGCUGCCUGCCAUGCCGAUACACGGACUGCCGCCUACACAUUAUUUUGAUUUCGAUGCCGCGACGAGCUUGAUGAACCGACGAGUUUACCUGCGAAUGGAUCAUCACGGAGCAGAAUGGAGCGGACCUUUUGCGGUCGACGAAGAGAACGAGUUUUCUCUGAAGCUAAAAGGGUCGGUGAUGAACACUUGGAAAGAUGGUAGCGGCACCGAGGAAGGGUACGAAAGCUUCCGACGCAGCAUCUCAGAAAUGCAUCGCGUAAAAGUCCGGAUCAGUAACGUGGGCCCAAGUAUCGUUGUCACGCUGCUACGAGAUGAUCCUCCGAUGUAUAUGAUUCGCAACGAGUCCAGCUCGGACGUGUUUGUGAGCCAGGUGCAUUGCUCUGAUGAAACCGUUGCGAUUCGGAGUAAGGAGUAUAUUCCUUUUGCUUGGGUGAAGCCGGAUGGACCGUGGCGAGUUGCAUGCCGGACUGGAAGUGUAGUAGGUCGACACGAGAUGGUGUCCCGAAGAUAUGGCGUGUACGAUUUUGCGAAUUUAGACCGGGAGCGGAACAUUGACACGUUGCGUUACCGGAUGUUCGGAAGCAAGUCGAAGAUUGUGUCGGGUGAUAUUGUGGUAGAUCGUGCUUCACGCGUGCUGGUAUUCCGCGACUACAACCCAGGUAAACCGCCAAGCUAUAUUUUGGAAGUGAAGAUUAUUGCCGCGCGUAUGCGCGACGAGUUUUCUCUGAGAUCAGAUUCGACUGCGGAAUUUGUUGCGGAAACUGACAACCACGCGGGACAAGCAACGGAGUCCAAGACACUUAAGACUGCACGUGUAUAUCGCUUCGAUUCCGACAUUGAGUUCGCUUGUGAUUCCCGUCCGAAGAAACUCACGCUAAGCUUCUACGAAAAUCAAGCCUACCAAGAAGACGCCUUUAUGCGCCAUGCGUCUUCUGUUGGCAUCGAUGAUGAUAGCUACUUUAGCGGCAACUACGCAAAUCGAGCUGGAAAUAGUCCUGCGCAGCCUGUGCCUGAUGCUACGGAGCUAGCUGAAUCGGAAAGCCCGAGAAGUGAAGACGUCUCGACAUCGUUUGAGGUGAUGCGCACACCCGCGACUUUUCCCGUUCGACGUCGUCAUUCCUUGUCCGGCAAUGUCUCGGGAAGUAUGAUGUCGCUGCCACGGAAUCAACAGUUCUACCGCAAGGAGAGCGAUCUCUCGUAUGGAGAUGGAGGACUGCAGUUAAGUGAUAUUGAACGGGUGAGCGAGUCGUAUGCCUCAUCGAGGCAGUUCGACACGGAUGACCGUUACAAAAUGGAGCGAGAGCACAGUGCAGCUGCGUGUACCGAGAUCAGGAUCCCAAAGAAAGCUUGGACACGGAUGGGUGUCGGUGCCAAACAAUCGAUUGCUCCGUCUCAUAGCACAUCAGAACAGGCGCGUCGAUCGCUCGGGCGAACAGAGGGGCAUUGGUGGGAGAUGCGAGAUCCUGAGACUGGCAAUCUUAUAGGAGAUGUGCUGGUGGCGCUGAAGUUCCGCACGUCGAUACGUGAGCACAUACAGUCAGUGUGCAUCUACAACAUAAGCGCAAUCAUUCCUAGCAUUGGCUUGUCCUUCCUCCACAACGCUAAUUCGAGCAUGGUCGAAGUGGCGUAUCUUUCCAUGCAACGCCUCGGGCUGUUGUACUCCUGUGCAGGUGGCAGUAGCGAAGUCGUCUUCUCGCUUGGCAAUGUGCAAAUGGACAACCAAAUGGAGCAAGAAGUUGUGCUUGGCCCCAAGGUGCACCGCGUCAAAGAAGGUGUGUCAGUGCGGCUACGCGACCGCUGGCGCAGUUUCAUGAACUACCGCUACCGCGGCAUUUUCGAGGAGCUGGACACAAAUAGCUCGAGCGUCAUCCAGUUUCACAUGUUGUGGAAUUCGAGUUGCCACGCCGGCGAGUUUACUCAUUACGAGCUGAUUGAGCUCAUCAUGCAAGAACUGGAGGUUUCCACGGACGAGAAGUUUGUCGUGAAUCUCAUAAGCGUCUUCCAAGGUUUGGAGGGACUCACGCGUCAACAUGUAUUCGACGAGAUUGUGAACACGCAACUCGACUAUGCUGGUGGAUCCAGUAGUGCUCUUAUUGCAGAGUCAGAUGAGCGAAGUGCCGUUGGAGGUGGCACGACUGUAAGCGUUUCAGGUGCAGAGGCCAGUGGUGUGUAUAUCGAAGAGCUGGUGAUCGAAGCCAUCCGGAUCAAGUUUACCAUGGAGCUGAAUGGCGGUCGGUAUAUCAAGACCCUGGGCCCAUCUGGUCGACGGUUAGCAGUGUAUCUUCCCGAGUCGAAUGUGAAGGACUUUCGCUUGUACCUGACAAAGCUGUCGUUCACACAUUUGUACGAACCGCAGGCAAGUGUGAUUGAGAAGGUAACGCGACGGUACUCCCAACAAGCUGUUAUUCUAGUCCUCCGUGGCCUACACACGGUGUCCGUGUACGCGAACCCGUUUCGCAUCGUCUACCGGUUGGGUCAUGGCAUUGUGGAGCUGAUCCGUUUACCUGCGCGUGGCUUAGCAUCCGGCAGCCCUCUGGAGCUCAUCAGUGGUGCGUACUUGGGCGUCCGGUCGCUAGCGAUGAACACGAUUAGUGCCAGCUACGAGAUUGUUGCGGGGGCGACAGGCAUUGUGGGUGCUGUGCUGACACCGUUCGUACCAGAGAGUCGACGCAAGGCCUUCGACGAGGAUUUGAUUGCAUUCCAACGCGCUGUGAUCGAAGAAGUGGACUCUUUUGACGCUGCCGAAGAGCGCACAAUGACAAAAGUGAUUGUGCGCAAGCCGCGCGUGUUUGAUGCAGGUGGAGUGGGGUUGCUGACUGUCUACGGUCCAGGCUCCGUGCCACUGGAAGAACAGGAGCGCAUUGAUCUCAAGGCUGUGGUGUUGUUGCAGCUUUGGUGGCGUCGACGACGACGAGCCAAAUUACUGCUUGCCGAAGCGCGCCGACUUCGACCUGAGCCUGAGACCUCGGACCACGUGUUCGGUUCGGACCAAUGUGCUGUCCAGUGA